GGUUUCCCCUGCCAGCGCUCAGAGCUCGGGAAAACGCGGAGCUUAUCCCGCCCACUAGGAGCAAACCCGCCCGGCCAGCGCAGAGCCGACGCGGCUCGGGCCGGGAGGGCUGCAGUGCCUCCAGCGGCCUGGCGAGAGCGCCCGCGAGCAGGCCCCCAGGGGCGGGCGGAGCGCGGGCGCUUCCUGUUCCGGCGCCUAGUGGAGCCGCGCACUGUUGGUGCUGGUGCUCCUACUUCCUCCUCUCGGCCCGUCCAGCUGUACUCCGGUCUUCAGUGCCGUCUUCCUGCAGACCCAUCGCCGCUUCUAGGCCUCGCUGCGGGCUCGGACUUUGCCGGGAAAAUGUCUGAAGAAUUUUCGUUGGCAGAUGCACUACCUGACCAGUCCCCAUCCAAAACCUCUGCUGUGAGCAAUACAAAACCUGGCCAACCUCCUCAAGGCUGGCCCGCCUCCAACCCUUGGAACAACCCAAGUGCUCCACCAUCUGUGCCAUCUGGACUCCCACCAAGUGCAACCCCCACCACUGUGCCUUUUGGACCAGCACCAACAGGAAUGUAUCCCUCUGUGCCUCCCACUGGACUGCCUCCAGGACCCCCUGCACCCUUUCCUCCUUCUGGACCAUCAUGCCCUCCACCUGGUGGUCCUUAUCCAGCCCCAACUGUGCCAGGCCCUGGUCCUGCUGGGCCAUAUCCUUCACCAAAUAUGCCCUUUCCGGAGCUUCCGAGAUCAUACGGUACACCCGCAGAUCCAGCUGCAGCUGGUCCUUUAGGUCCAUGGGGAUCCAUGUCUUCUGGGCCUUGGGCACCAGGAAUGGGAGGGCAGUAUCCUGCCCCUAAUAUGCCAUAUCCAUCUCCAGGGCCAUAUCCCGCUCCUCCUCCCCAAGCACCAGGGGCAGCACCACCUGUUCCAUGGGGCACUGUGCCACCAGGAGCCUGGGGACCACCAGCACCGUACCCUGCCCCUGCAGGGUCGUAUCCCACACCAGGACUUUAUCCCACUCCAAAUAAUCCUUUCCAAGUGCCUUCAGGACCUUCUGGUGCACCGAUGCCUGGUGCCCCGCAUUCUUACCAUUAAGUUAACGGUGGAUGAAGAGAUGGCGCUUAGCUUUUUGAAGUGUCUUAUAUGCACAUGAAUGUACAUAAAAGUUGCUGGUUUCACUAUUCUUAGAGGGCAUUCAUGAAAGAACAACUCUUGCACCUCUCAGAAGAUAUCUGCCUCUUCACUUGGUUGCACAGUACAUCGUCACAUGGAUACCAAUCAUAAGAAAUGUAAAUCAUUCAAAUGUGGUUUUUAUGGAAAGCAAAAGUGAUAAAGAAUAUUGAGUGGCGCUUUGAUACAAUUUGUCUCAAAUAAUUUUGACUUGUUUAAAUUAUGAAAUGACACACUAAGAAAUCUAAGGUGAUGUGAAUUAUUGUCAGAAUCUGCAACUUUAGUGGGAAAUUAUUUUAAGUAUUUUUCUAUUAUCACUUCCACCCUUCUAAAUAAACACUUAUCAACAACCACAUUGUCAUAAUUUAAACAAAUAAUGCCUCUCAACAGCUAGAGCUGCUCUACUGGGUAAAUAAACCUGUUCUGCUUAAGGUUAUAUUUUUGAUAACGUAUUUGUAAUUUUAAAUUUCUAGUAAUCAUUGUCAGAUGUUGAGUUCAUUAGCCAGGCGGUGUUUGUUCUUACCCUUGAGCUUGUACUAGAAGCCAUUUCUUCAUUUUGAGUUCUGCCUGAUUUGUUUUCUGUUUACCCAGAUGAGUUCUACAGGUCUAAAAUCAGUCAUCUGUGGAAACUGACUUUGGUUUUUGUUUUGUUGCUUUUUAACAUAGGCCCACAUGCAUGUAAAUUUAUGUUCUUAGGGAAUUACUUUGUAGUAGGUUAUGACAUGUCCAUAUUACUUUGGGAAGAACUCACAGAAGGGAAUAAUUUUCACCUUUGUCUUGAGCCUUAAAGUAGAAGAAACUAGGAAUUAUUACACAGUGAUUAAUAAUUUGCCUUCCCACAAAAUAUUUCUACCUAGAAAUUUCCCUGUAACCUCUCCCUGAGUUCUCUAGAAGGAGAAUUUCCAUAUCCUCCCUGGAAAACUGGCACACUUGAAGAGUCUAUCCUAAAUACAAACAACAAUUAUGUUGAGAGAACCUGAGUCAUACAUUUCUCUCUGUACAAAUGUGAUCAAAGUAUGGAUCUCCGUCUAGUUCAGCUAUGUCAUCAAGGUCUCCUGCAUUGUUUCCUGGGUCUAUAUUUGAAGUGCUUAUGGCUACAGUUAAGUUCUGUAUUUGUUGGUAGGUAAAUAAGUAAGAUAAAGUACCAUCCUUAAAAUGUAUCCUCUAGCCAUAGUACUAAAAAUAAUGAAGUGUAGAUCUCUGCAAUUGAAUUUAAAGCAGUGACUCUAUUACUAAGUAAGUAUUGUUUGUAACCACCAAAAUAGCCCCCAAAGCUUUUUGCUCUCAUCUUUAAAUCAGAUCCUUAGCUUUGGGGGGG